AAAAAUUUGUAAAUAACAUAUACAGCAGCCCUUUAAGAUAUUUCAUUUCAUGCAGGCACAUUUCAAAAAUUACGUUUUAUUACAUACAGAAAUGUAUUCGUACAAAAUCGUCGUUCUGCUUUUGGCUGUUUUUAAGCUCAACUGCAUUUGCUUGGGCGAUGUUGUGACAGCGGAAACUGUUCUGAAAGAGCACAACGAAUACAGGAAAGUGGAGGGUAUGCCAAAAUUAUCCUUGUCUAAAAAGCUGAGUGAAGAUUGCGAAGAAUAUGCGAAACAUCUAGCUACAUUGAAAAUCCCAGAUCAAAAUUUAUUCGAGGACAUAAAAGAAGUUUCCUUGGGAGAAAUUGAUGAAGGUGAUGAUGCUGAGGAUCACACAGCUUAUCCUUCAUCGGAUAUAAAGAAAGUCAGUUAUACAGAAAAUAUUUGCGAGUUUAAAUCUAAAUCUUGUGUUGGCUAUUGGUAUGAAAGGGGACAAUACGGCUAUCAGUUUGAACACUUUGACUUGGAAUCAGAAAAAUCAUUUAUUGACAAAUAUACUGCAAUGGUAUGGAGGUCAUCAAAAGAAAUGGGAGUGGGUAUAGCUCCGAAAAACCCCGAGACUGCAAAUGGAAGAAAAAUAUUGGUGGUUAGGUAUUCUCCACCCGGCAAUGUGUACGGCCAGUAUAAAGGUGCUUACUAUAUACCGCGACUACCCAGGCCAUGGAUAGCCACCACUCAUAUGAGUCGAUCCAUUGCGAACCCAAGAAGUCGUACCAAAGGACAGCUCCGUUGGCGUUGAGCAAAAGAUACAAUGCAAUUACGUGAGAUGCAGCCAAC